UGUAAAUAUCAAGACUGCAGUCUUAACUCCCACACCCUUAACUUCAACACCCUGUGUUGAAGGUGACUCUUACCAAGGCAGAGCUGCCUUGAAGGUGAUGGUUUGUUAGGCUGACACCAGAGAGCUGUAUGUGGAGCAGGGAGGUUUUGGCAGAGAGGGGAAGGAGGUUCUGGGGUGUUCACAGCUUGUUUGCUGCUAGCCCUGAGCAGCAUUUAGGGGCUGCUCUGCUCCAGGGCCACUAAUCCUUGGGUCCUGCGGUAGGAAGUCACUGACCCAUCACACAGGUGGGAAUGCCAGAGACCAGGAAUUUCUCUCUGGCUACAGCAUCCAUCAGCUGAUACUUCUGACAAAACACUUGGCUUCUGCACUCCUCCCUUGGCAGCCCCUGGGCUGCAGCCUGCAGCACUGCCUUAGACCGCGCCGAGCUCUGCCGUGCUCGGUGCUGUCGUCUCCUGCUCGGGCUUGUGCCUUGCCCAGGGCUCGCAGGGCUCCCAAAUGUCGGACUCGCUGCUCAACCACUCCUGGCCGUCGUUCUCCAAGCGCUGGAAGAAGAGGUGGUCCUUCAAGAGAGGGUCUGACUGCAAGCCAUGCUUACAGGAAUUCCCCGACCACAGUGCCCCUGCUCUGGAGUAUUCCAACCCCAAAAGCUUCCUCCCAUCCCUGAUUGCUGAGGAUGACUCCUUCUGCACCAGCAUGGCUGAAGAAAAGGAGGGUUCCUCUUCCCCAGAGCUGGAUGCCCCAGCAGUGGACUUGCACAGCAGCACAGAGGAUCUCCUCUCGGACUCUGCUCUCCACGGCUCGCAGUUUUACAGGGACCUGGGGCUGCUGAGCCCACCAGCACCAGCACCAGAGGCAGCAGCGCAGCCAGAGCAAGCCAUCCCAGCAGUGUCUGCUGCUCACCUGCUGGAGGAGAGGCCACGGGCUCUGAGCAGCUUGUCUGUGGACAUUGCCUUCCCCAGCCCUGUUCCCUGCUUGCUGCAUUGUGCUGAGGCCGACUGCAGCUUUCUGAACAGGGGCCGCGGGAGCUCCUGUGCAGCGGUGCCAGGAGGUGGAACCAACACUUCCGAGGGUCCUGCAGAGGCAGACAAAGAGCUGCAAGAGGCCAAGGAUUCCUUCCCCACGCUGGUGAGAUCCAUGUCCACCUCUCGGAGGCACAGCUGGGAGAGCUCUUUGUCACCCGUGGACUGCAAGCGCAGGUUCAGCCUGGAUCCCACGGAGAUGGGCAGCGACCCAGAGCAGGAGGAUGUGGAGAAGGGGAGCCAGUGCCUCACACAACCUCCUCGUGUGUCCCUUCAGCUGCCCAAAGGAGAACUGGAAGCCUGGAGCAGUGGUGGGGGUGGGAUGGUGAUCAAAGUGGAGAUCGAGCCGCUGCACCCCAGGCUGGCAGUCAGCCACAGCCCGGAGCAGGCGGAAUGUGGCAGCAAGGGCAAGAGGCUGAGGUCAAAGUCUGUCCCAGCAGCCUGUGAGACCAUGGCCUCCCCUCAGACACCCUGCAGUUUCAACACCUCUCUUCCAGCCGUGGAAGGUGUCAAGCCCCCUGCUCUGGAGAUGCUGGAGAAGGACCAUGUGUCCCCAGACCACGUGCUGAUUGUCCAGCAGGUCCUCCAGGAGCUGAAACAUUACCAUGGGGCAAAGCAGAGAGCUUGUGUGCAAGAAGGCAGCGACUGCUCCCAGCAGAACAUCACCUGGUUUGAGUUCCUGUCCAAUGAAAAGGAGGAGAGUGGGAAAAGCGACAAAGCAGAGCGAGGCACCAAGGUGAUGCGGCGCCUGAGCUCCCUGCGCAGCCGAGUCACGGGCUCCUGGCAGAAGGAUAAGGGUAAGAACAAAGAGCAGCCAAAAGAGAAGGAGACAAAGGAGCCAAAAGAGAGGUGGAAAGAGGUCAAUAGGCACCAGCUUGUGCCAGGGGUUUUCUCCAGCUGCACCAGCUGCUCCUUGUGUGCCAAACCUCUUGUGAAUAAAAGUGGUCUGCAGUGCCUGAAUUGUGCCGUGAAUGUCCACAAGAACUGCAGGAGUUUAUUGGCUGAAUGCAGCAGCAGCAAACCCAAGCAGAAAGAUUUGCAGCAGAGACCUUCUGGAUCUUCACAGAGUUCGCCCCAGUGCAUUUCCCCAGCUUCCCUGAAGGAGCAGCCCCGCAGCCUGCUGCUGGGAGCGGAUGGCACCCCAGGGCUGCCGCGGCACCUCGGCAUGACCAUCGCCCAGCGAGGACCUUCCCAGGCUUCGCUGAGCACUGCUGGGGCUGUCAGUAAACUUGGACUGAUUUCAGGAGACAUGGAUGAAGGGGAUUCAGGCUUUAUAAAAUUUAAGCAGACUUCAGAUGAUGUUGUCUCACUUGCACCUUCAACAGCAGACUCCAUCUUUCUGGAAGAUGCAUAUUCUGUGUCCCUCCGGAGUGAAAUAGAAACAGAUGCUCAUGAGUUUGAGGCAGAGUCUUGGAGUGUUGCAGUGGAGCAGUCCUAUGUGAAAAGGCAAAGGAGAGACAUGAUCAAAAGGCAGGAUGUCAUCUAUGAGCUAAUGCAGACUGAAAUGCACCAUGUUAGGACACUGAAAAUAAUGCUGAAGGUGUACUCCAAAGCCAUGAGAGAGGAGCUGCAGUUCCCACAGGCAGUCAUCAACAAGCUCUUCCCUUGUGUGGAUGAGCUGCUGGAGAUGCAUGGGCAGUUCCUGCUCCAGCUGAAGGAGCGGCGGAAGGAGUCCUUGGAAGAAGGCAGUGAUCGAAAUUACAUCAUCCAGAACAUUGGUGACCUCCUGGUAAAGCAGUUUUCAGGUGAAAAUGGGGAGAGAAUGAAGGAGAGAUAUGCAGUGUUCUGCUGUGGACACAACGAGGCUGUCAGCCACUACAAAGACCUGCUCCAAAGCAAUAAGAAGUUCCAAAACUUAAUAAAGAAAAUUGGCAACUGCUCCAUCGUGAGGAGAUUGGGGGUGCAGGAGUGCAUCCUCCUGGUGACCCAGCGCAUCACCAAGUACCCGGUGCUGGUGGAGAGGAUCCUUCAGAACACAGAAGCUGGCACCAAGGAUUACGAGGAGCUGAGCCAGGCCCUGGCUCUGAUCAAGGACACCAUCAGCCACGUGGAUGCCAUGGUGAACGAGUGCGAGAAGGGGCAGCGGCUGCGUGAGAUCAUGCACAGGAUGGAGCUGAAGUCCUCCGGCAAGUGCAAGAACGGCCUCCUGUUCCGCAAGGACGACAUGGGGCGGAGGAGGCUGCUGCUGGAUGGGAUGCUCUACUGGAAAGCUGCCUCGGGGAGGCUCAAAGAUAUCCUGGCAGUCCUGUUAAAUGAUGUACUGCUGCUUUUGCAAGAGAAGGACCAAAAAUACACAUUUGCAUCAGUGGACUCUAAGCCUCCAGUUAUCUCCUUGCAAAAGCUGAUUGUGAGAGAGGUAGCUAAUGAGGAAAAGGCCAUGUUCCUAAUCAGUGCUUCCUUAAAAGGACCAGAAAUGUAUGAAAUUCACACAAGCUCCAAAGAGGAGAGGAACUCCUGGAUGGCUCACAUCCGCCGAGCGGUGGAGAGCUGUCCUGAUGAAGAAGGAGGCACAUUUGCAGAGCCUGAGGCAGAGAGGAGGCUGGCUGAGGCACGAGCUGCUAAGCUGAAGGAAUUCCAAGAGCGUCUGAACAUGAAGGAUGAGCUGAUUCUGCAGAGUCUGACUGAGAAGCAACAGAUUUACCUGGAGAUGUCUGAAAUGAAUGGGUUUGAAGACCAGCCCCAAGGGUCUCGAGCGAGGCUGCUCCUCCGGGGGGACAUCUCAGAGCAGCAGGGAGAGGCCAUUCUGAGGUCCGCGGUGACAGAAGCUGAAAACCUCCAGAACCUCAUCUUCACUCACUUCGGCAGUGGAUCCUCUCAGCCUGAGGAUGGCUCUGACUCGGCAUUCCCCAAGAGAGCAGAGACCUUUGGAGGAUAUGACAGCAGCCCCCUGGUCUCACACAAAAGUAGCAGUUUUAGGAAGAACAGUGGUGGUGACCAGAGACAGUGGGACUGGAGAGGCCCUGCAGCGAGUUCAGAUGUGCAGUGCCAUGACCUCCCUUCUGAUGCAGAGGAAGGAUCUCAGACUGGUGAUCUGACAAGGCUGGAUGAUAGCAGUGAUUUUCAGCCCACUGUGGAGUCUCAGCUUGUCCACAAGAUACAAAGACUGUUGCAGCUGCUCUUCAAGCUUCAGGCGGUGAUCUCGCAGCAGGACAGCUUCAUCGAGCUGCAGCGAGCCACCAUGCUGGACCGAGAGAAGCAGUUCCGCCUGCAGUCUACGCGGGGCAACCUGCUGCUGGAGCAGGAGAAGCAGCGGAACUUCGAGAAGCAGCGGGAGGAGCUGAUGAACCUGCAGAAGCUGCAGGCGCAGCUGAAGCUGGAGCAGCAGCGCCUGGAGCGGGAGCGCAGCCGGCAGCAGAGGGAGUUCGAAAGCACCGAGGCUCGGCUGCAGGAGCGCGAAGAGGAGACUCGGCAGCUGUGGGAGAGGGUGACCCAGGACAGGGAGGAGCUGGAGAAGCAGCGAGAAGCCUACCAGCAUGACCUGGAGAGGCUGCGGGAAGCGCAGCGAGCCGUGGAGAAGGAGAGGGAGCGGCUGGACCAGCUCAGGAAGCUGAAGAAGCACAACACGGUGUCGGGCACCUUCUCCCCAGACAUGGGGCAGACCCAGGUGUUGAGUCACUCUGUCAGCUUCAACGGGGAGGGCACAGACCCAUCCCUCCCUACCCUGAAAGGCUCUGUCAGGGUGAGUGUGCCUGGGCUGGAGCUCCUGGAGCGGCCGGAGCUGGCUCGCAGGGACAGUGCCAGCCUGGAGAGCCGCCCGGCCCUGGCGCUGAAGAACGAGGUGCCCAUUCACCUCCUGAGUGCCACCAACCAGAUACAGAAGCCAGCUGCAGUCCAGCAGCAGAUCCCCACUAAGUUGGCAACCUUUACAAAAGGAAGCAAAGAGAAAGGUGGGAAGAACAAAGCAUCUCACAGGACAGACAGCUCAGCCUCUGCUGACCAGAAGCUGCUGCUCCCGCCCCGGCUGGCAGGACGCGAGGAGGCUGUGCUGAGGGGCAGGAGGUCUGCAAGCCCUGUCCUCCCAAGCAGCCAGGCCUCUGCAUUCCAGCCAGAACUGCACAGCCCUGCAGAUGCCCAGCCAGAAGCACCUUCACCUGCCUCAGCAGCCCUGCUCAAGCCCAGUAACCUUCCUGUGCAGCCCCUGCUGACCCCUCAGCCCAGUCUGUUGAAUGUGCAGGAUGACACCAGCAAAGAGGAUGUGAUUUUCUUCUAACCAUUCCCAUCUCAAGGAAUCUUUCACCACACUGUUUGGAGAGCUCAGGCCCUGGUGUCCAGCACCACAGAGACCUGGUGGAUGUCUUUUCAUUUCUGCCCUGUUACUGCUAGGAAGGACCAAACCAGGAUCACUCUUCUGCUUCACUGGCUACUCUGCCAGAGGCUCAGAAUGAGGGCACAGCAGUGACAAUUUGCUUUUUGGUUCUCUAGACAUGACAAUGUGUUGGCACGUGGCAGGGGUGUCUAAAUUCAGAGCGUGUUUCCAGGCUGCCCUUCGUUGUGGGGCCUGGGGGAAUGGGCACUCUGUGGGCACCAUCUUGGGAGAUGUUAAUGGUUGGCAUUGAACCACCCAGAGUUUCAUGUCAGAAGUUGUAGUAGCAGGCCCCAGAAUGGCUGUCUCACAGGUGCCUGUUGGUGCUGGGCUUUGGGGACAGUGGUGAUGUCUUGCUACUUGGCAAGCCAGGCCUCGUGAUGGGAGCCAGGCAGGACAUACACUGCAGCACCUGUUUAGGAGCCUGCUCAGGAGCCAGCCCUGUGUCUUGUGUCCCUGGCACAGGCUCAGUGGGCAGGCAGUGGAAGAGAGAAGGUGAAGUUCUUAGAGUCUUCAAGAGUCAGGAACUCCAUCUGCUUGAGGAUGAGGAGGGUUGGAUGUGUGAGCAUGCAGCAGGAACAAGGAACUGGGCUGAACACACUUCCUGGAGCCUCUCCUGGGAGGCACUGGGAGCACUGCAGGCCACGGGAGCAGUGCAACACUCAGGAGCUGGUUCAGGAAGAUUUAGAGACUUGGAUUCUGUUCUUUGCUGCAGCCAUGUGAGAGGCUUUUGAAUGCAGUAAUUUAUUGUCCUGUUUAAUCCUGAGUCUUCUGCAUCCUUUCUUUGGCUGUGAACUUGCUGGGGGUUUGCUCCCCAGUACAGAAGAUAUCAAAGCUGCUGUUUCUGCAGAGACUUCUCUGCAGCCGUGGUAGGAAUGAAGGGAAUAAGAGCUGCUGGGUUUGGCCUUAGCUAGACCUGGGCUGGCUUAGCUGCUGGCAGCUUUGAUAGCUCUGUGAAGUGGAUCAGUCCUGCAGCCCAGCGUGCUGAGGGCUCUGAUGCAUCCCUUCCCUCUGCGCUCCUUUGCACACUUGUGUUGCUCUGUUGGGUGCCAUCACUGCCCCAGUUGCACACAACACCCCAGGGUUGGUUGUGCCCACCUCUGAGUGUGGCUGGAGAGGUUGUGUGCAGGAGAGGUUGUGCAGAGGUUGUCACUGCAGGUGCCUCAGAGCCUGGGUUAGUGACAGUCAGAGCACAGCUGGUGGUGAUGGCUUCCAUCUCAUUGUGUUGCAGUGAUUUUAGCACCAGUGGAUGGAGUGCCUGGGCAGUGCUCUGGGCAGUGGCACGGUUAUGGCAUCAAGUGGCACUUUGUCAGCCUCCUCUCCCUCCUCUUGUCUCUGUGGGUAGGCCCUGUGUGGUGGUGGUGUCCUGCCAGGCCAGCACUUCACUUGGCUUGGAAGUCUUAACAUCAUUUUGGUAUUUAUAGUGCCAGAAACAUUUUAAACCUUCGCCAGAGGAUGCAGAGUUUAUUUUCAAGUGAUUUUUGUCUUCAGGCAAGAAAGUGACCAAGUGUGAGAGGAGAAGAAUAAGCCCCAGGGUGCUGAACUGGCCUUGAACAGCAGUGCUGGACACCCCUUGGAUCUAAGGGUCCUUUCCUUUAGCUCAGUGAUGCUUGUGGAAAGCUGAAGUAAUGGUGCUGAGCUCGGUGAGAGGCAGCUCCCAGCCCCCUGGCUUGUAAGCAGAGCAGUGACACUGCUGUCACACUGGGCACACUGCACUGUCCCACCAAGGGCUGCCGGGGGAAUCGUCAGCACUGCAGGAGUGGCAGAGGUGGUCGUGUCUGGGUUUGCAGCAAGCAGGAUGGGGAGGGCAGUGACCUUUGUUGUGUGGUGUGGUGGAUAGAGCAGAGCUCUGCCCUAGCCUCCUUGGUCAUUCCUGACCGGGAGGGUGCAGGGCACCUCUUCAGAUCAGGGUCGUCCUGGUGGAGCCAGCUGUGAAACCCAGAGCCCUGCAGGACUGGUGGUGCUCUGCAGGGCAAAGCUCUGGCUGUCUCUGACUCCCCUGUGGUUCCUCUGGUGAAGACUCAGGGAACAGCAGCAGUGCCCAAUGUGUUCUCUCCUUCCUGCUGCAGCUUGUGCCUCCCCCCCCCCCCCAGUGCCAGCUCAAUGCCUCCAUUGCCUUAAAUCCCCGGGUUUUAGGAGCUGUGGCUUGAAGCAAGGGCACAGCAGUGGAAUAAAGCAGCUCAGCCAGAGGGAUGUCUCUGGGUGUUUGGAAAACAGCUUUGGGAAACAUUUGUUUAGUUUCAUUUUUGUGCCUCUGCUGGAAUCUGGGAGUGCUCUGUGCACUGAAGGGGCUCCUUUGGCUGCUUUCCUCUGCUGUGCAGUGACUGAACUUGGAGCGGUGGCAUCUGGAGAAGAAAAGCCUGCAGUGAGGGCUCCUUUCCUGUAAUGCUUUAACUUGAACAGAAGUGGUUUCAUCCCUGCCCUCAGCAGUGCUUCAGAUGAUUGCUGCCUGUUAGCAGAUGGGCCCAGGACUGUUACAGGCUGCUGGUUCAACAUCUCUAAAGCUCCUUGGAAUAGGACCUGAGAAAUUACCUCUGAAGUCCCUGUCUGUCCUCACUCCUCAUGUCCAGCUGCAGCCAGCUAUGGGAGAAGUUUUCACCCCGAGCAGAGCUGCAUCUCCUUUCCCUUGGGUCAGAACCACGGGGGGGCCACGCUGGGUGUUCGUGUGACUUCCAUGCCCAGCGGGGAGUUGGUUCUAGGGCUGGCAAACGCUGCCACCUCUCACUGCUGGUGUGGAGCUUGCCAUGCCCAAGUGUGGUGCAGCUCUGGGUGAGAGGCUGAGGGAAGCAGGUGCAGGGUAAUGAGGCAUCGCUGCUGCAGAACAGAACCUGAGCUGUUAGUCGAUCCCCGCAGGAGAGUGAACUGCUUUGGGCCUCUCUAGGCAGGCCAGGCUGCAGAGCACUGCUGUGUCCUGGGCCGGGGAACCUGCUGGAGAUUCCCAGUCCUGGCCUUUCCCUUCCACUUUCACUCCAGGUAAAAGCUCCCUUUACAGCGAUAUCUGAGGAUUGGGUCAAAAUUCUCUGCCUCCAGGUGCCUUUGGGCUCCUUUCUGAGCUGGGGCGUGGAGGAAAUCACAGCCCAGGCUUUGAACCGCUGCCUGCUUUGCUUGGUGUGGCCGCCGUGCGCUGGUGUCGUGUUCGUCCUGCGCUGUCGUCGUGUCGCCGUGCGGAGGCUUCUGCUUCGGCUCCGAUUGCCAGUCCCAACUGGUGUCCAGGAGGCUUCCUCUGCCCUUCCCGUCUGGAAUGCUGCCGUUUGGUGUUUCAGACUGAGGAUGCCUCCACCUUGGCUAGCAGCAGGCACAGCUGCCCUGCCCUGCUGUCGGUGCUUUCCUGGCUUCCAGCUGUGCUGUCUGUGCGUUGUCGUGGUCCUUCCAGCCGAUCUCGCAGGUCACUGCCCGCAGGGCAGGAGAAUUGGCAUCCCUGUGGCGCUCCUGCAGAGACGGGGAUGAUGCUCAGUGACCUGUGGGUACUUUUGUCUUUCUGAGUAAUAGUCAGGUGCUCCUGCGUGCAUGGAACGUGGUGUUUGUCUUUUGCAUUUACAGUGGAAGCUGAAACUCACGCUAGGAAAGGGUUAAAAUCCAACUGUUCGUUUCACUUCAGCUCUGCAGAACUGGAGCCGAGGCUCCCCGGUGCUGCUGCUCAGUGGAGUCCCUGUGUGUUGUGCCCCCCUGCAAGGGAAUUUGGAGCAUUUUGUUGUCUUCCCCAGCACUUCUCCUCUUUACAAGAAACAAACCUGACACCAGGUUACAGACGUGCUGCCCUCACCUCACCUUCCUGCUGCCCAGGGAGAAAGCAAAGCCCCUUCCCCUGCUCUCCUCCCAGCCCGGACCCAGCAUCCCCUUCCUGCCCCCUGGCAGCUCUCUCGGUUCCCAUCGCUCGUCAGCCGCCGCUCCUCUGAGCUCUGGUUCCCACCCUUUGUGCCAUGUUUAUAAGUCAGGUUUUUAUAUUUUUGUACUGAAGGACAUUGGAGCACUUUAGGCAAAGUUUUCUUUCCAGUUCCAUUUCUGUACCUGGCAGGAAACCUCUCACCAAGCGGCUCCUGUUGGCACAGCUGCCUGCACCUGGCGCAGGGCUGUGAGCUCUCUGGAUGCUCGCUAGGCUUAGGUCUGGUCUCUAGGCCCACCUUGCACUGUACAGAUGUAAUAAAUAGUCAUGGUCCAUGGUGAAUCGACCAUUCUGUUGGGGAAGUGUUUUGGUUUGGUUUUGUUAGGGUGUAAACAGUGUAAAUAGUUCCUGUUGGUACCGGCGUAGCAACACCUUUGUAGUUCUCAUCUGAUCUGUAAAGUGGCUGAGUCGGUGCCCACCCCCGGGUGGGUCGGUGGCCCACACUCUCCUUGGGUUGUGCAUUCUUGGCUAACUGCAGACCUGAUCGCAGCAACAGCAGAUGAUGAUUUUUACAACGAUGGCAAUGUUUCUCCACUGAAGUAUUUCAGAGCUGCAAUAGGACUGAAACCAACUUCUAGCAAUAAAAAACCAAAAAAACUUGAUAA